CUCACGCUCGGCUGGACCCGGCGCGGCACCUGUGGCUGCGCCCCGUGCGCCCCCCGGGCCAUGGCGCACGUGGAGACGGCGGCUCCGAGCGCCCGCCUGGGCCGCCUGUGAGCCGGGGACCGGAGGAGGGACCGGCGCGGCGCGGCGGGCACGAUGCCUUUCCUUCCGGAGGCGGGGGCGGCGGGGCGCGCGGUGGCCCUGGCCCUGGUGCUGCUGCUUCUCCCCGUCGUGUCAGCGGGCGCCGGCGCCCUGUUCCGCCUGCAGCCCGGCAUGCCCAACGUGUGUGCGGAGCGGGAGCUGACCCUGGUGGGCCGUCGCCAGCCCUGCGUGCAGGCCUUCAGCCAAACGGUGCCCGUGUGGAGGCCGGGCUGCGGGCGGCAGGCCUGGUGUGUCGGCCACAAACGCAGAACCGUCUAUUACACGGGCUACAGGCAGGUGUACGCCAUGGAGGCCCAGACCGUGUUGCGGUGCUGCCCGGGGUGGAACCAGCAGCCCGGAGACCAGGGCUGCCUCUCCCCCCAGUGCAGCCCCGGCCUCUGCUUUAACGGCGGCCACUGCGUGCCCAACUCGGCCCAGCUGUGCCACUGUCCCCGCGGCUUCCACGGUCCCCGCUGUCAGUACGAUGUGGACGAGUGCCAGGUGCACAACGGCGGCUGCCAGCACAGGUGUGUGAACACGCCAGGCUCCUACCUCUGUGAGUGCAAGCCCGGCUUCCGGCUCCACGCGGACGGCAGGACCUGCCUGGCCAUCAACUCCUGCGCCGUGGGCAAUGGCGGCUGCCAACACAACUGUAUUCAGCUCACGGUGACCCAGCACCGCUGCCAGUGCCGGCCCGAGUUCCAGCUCCAGGAGGAUGGCAAGCGCUGCACCCGGAGAAACCCGUGUACGGACCGGAACGGCGGCUGCAUGCACACGUGCCGGGCGCUCCGGGGCCUUGCCCACUGCGAGUGCCAUGCAGGAUACUGGCUGGCAGCAGACCGCAAGGCCUGCGAAGAUGUGGAUGAAUGUGCCACAGGCCUGGCCCAGUGUGCCCACGGCUGCGUCAACACUCACGGGUCCUUUAAGUGUGUAUGCAACGCAGGCUACGAGCUGGGUGCCGAUGGCCGGCAGUGCUACCGGAUCGAGAUGGAGAUAGUGAACAGCUGCGAGGCGGACAACGGCGGCUGCUCCCACGGCUGCAGCCACAGCAGCACAGGGCCCAUCUGCACCUGCCCCCGCGGCUACGAGCUGGACGAGGACCAGAGGACGUGCAUUGAUGUCGAUGACUGUGUCGAUUCCCCGUGCUGCCAGCAGGUUUGCACCAAUAGCCCUGGCGGCUACGAGUGCAGCUGCUAUGCCGGCUACCAGCUUGGCGCCGACGGCUGCGGCUGUGAGGACGUGGACGAGUGUGCCUCCGGCCGUGGCGGCUGCGAGCACCGCUGCACGAACCUGGCCGGCUCGUUCCGGUGUUCCUGCGAGGACGGCCACCUGCUGGACGAGGACCGCCGGGGCUGCAGCCCCCUGGAGGUGCCCGAGGUGGGCCUGGACGGCCACCUGCCCCUCGUGCAGCCCCUCCCGCACGUGGCAGUGCUCCAGGACGAGCUGCCCCACCUCUUCCAAGAUGACCACGUCGGGGCCGAGGCGGAGGAGGAGGAGGAGUUGCGGGGCGAGCACACGUUGGAGGAGAAGUUUGUCUGCCUGGACGACUCUUUUGGCCCAGAUUGCAGCUUGACCUGCGCUGACUGCAGGAAGAGGGGGACCUGCCUCCCCAGCCUGCGUGGCUGUGACUGCCCCGACGGCUGGACCGGGCUCGUCUGCAAUGAGGCUUGUCCCCCAGACACCUUCGGGAAGAACUGCAGCUUCUCCUGCAGCUGUCAGAACGGCGGGACCUGCGACCCUGUGACGGGGGCCUGCCGCUGCCCUCCGGGUGUUAGUGGAGCCCACUGUGAGGACGGCUGCCCCAGAGGCUUCUACGGCAAGCACUGCGGUAAGAAGUGCCACUGUGCCAACCGGGGCCGGUGCCACCGCCUCUACGGGGCCUGUCUCUGCGACCCGGGGCUCUAUGGCCGCUUCUGCCACCUGGCCUGCCCACCGUGGGCCUUCGGGCCGGGCUGCUCGGAGGAGUGCCAGUGUGAGCAGCGGAAUACGCGCGCGUGUGACAGGAGGGACGGCAGCUGUGCCUGCAAGGCGGGCUUCGGGGGCGAGCGGUGCCAGGAUGAGUGCCAGCCCGGCUUCUUUGGGCCAGGCUGCCGGCAGGCGUGCACCUGCCCCCCGGGGGUGGCCUGUGACCCCAUCAGCGGCCAGUGUGGGAAGCAGUGUCCUGCCGGCUACCAGGGGGAGGACUGCAGCCAAGAGUGCCCGGCCGGGACGUUCGGCAGGAACUGCUCAGGCUCCUGCUUCUGUGAGGGGGCCCCCUGCGACCGGGUCACGGGGCAGUGCCUGUGCCCUCCUGGGAGGACCGGGGCUGACUGUGGGGCAGAUUGUCCUGAGGGUCGCUGGGGGCUCGGCUGCCAGGAGAUCUGCCCGGAGUGCGAGCACGGUGCCUCCUGUGAGCCUGAGACCGGAGCCUGCCUGUGCCGCCCCGGCUUCACGGGCAGCCGCUGCCAGGACACUUGCCCAGCAGGCUGGUUUGGGCCCAGCUGCCAGAUGCGAUGCUCCUGCAUCAACGAUGGGCUCUGCCACCCGGUGACUGGCCGCUGCAGCUGCGCCCCGGGGUGGACCGGCCUCCGCUGCCAGAGAGCCUGUGACAGCGGCCACUGGGGACCCGACUGCAGCCACACCUGCAACUGCAGCGCAGGCCACGGGAGCUGCGACGCCGUCAGCGGCCUGUGUCUGUGUGAGGCCGGCUAUGUGGGCCCGUGGUGCGAGCAGCGGUGUCCCCAGGGCUACUUCGGGCCGGGCUGUGGGCGGCAGUGCCAGUGUGAGCACGGGGCAGCCUGUGACCAUGUCAGCGGGGCCUGCACCUGCCCGGCCGGCUGGAGGGGAACCUUCUGUGAGCGCGCCUGCCCGGCCGGCUUCUUUGGAGUGGACUGCCACCGCGCCUGUGACUGCAGCACCGGGGUGCCCUGUGACGCCGCGAACGGCUCCUGCCUCUGCCCUGCUGGCCGCCGGGGCCCCCGCUGUGCCCAGACUUGCCCAGCCCACACGUACGGCCACAACUGCAGCCAGGCCUGCUCCUGCUUUAAUGGGGCCUCCUGUGAUCCUGUCCACGGGCAGUGUCGCUGUGGCCCUGGCUGGAUGGGGCCCACCUGCCUACAGGCCUGUCCCGCGGGCCUCUACGGCGAGGACUGUCAGCAUUCGUGCCUCUGCCGGAACCAGGGCACCUGUGACCCUGUCUCAGGCCACUGCACCUGCCCAGAGGGCUGGGCUGGGCUGGCCUGUGAGAAGGAGUGCCUCCCGGGGUUCUUCGGAGCCGGCUGCCAGCACGUCUGCGGGUGCCUCCACGGCGGCCUCUGUGACCGGCACACAGGCCACUGCCUCUGCCCGGCCGGCUGGACCGGGGACAAGUGCCAGAGCCCCUGCCCGCCCGGCUGGUUUGGAGAGGCCUGUGCCCAGCGCUGCCAGUGCCCACCCGGCGUUGCCUGCCACCACGUCACCGGGGAGUGUCACUGUCCCCCAGGCUUCACUGGGCCCGGCUGUGAGCAGGGGUGCCCGCCCGGGCAGUUUGGGCCCGGCUGUGAGCAGCUGUGUGGGUGUCUCAACGGGGGCUCCUGUGACGCGGCCACAGGGGCCUGCCACUGCCCCUCUGGGUUCCUCGGAAGCGACUGCGGCCUCGCCUGUCCACACGGCCGCUUCGGCCCCGGCUGUGCCCACGUGUGCGGGUGUGGACAGGGGGCGGCCUGCGACCCCGUGACCGGCACCUGCUCCUGCCCCCCCGGGAGGACCGGCGUCCACUGUGAGCACGGUUGCCCCCAGAACCGGUUUGGUGCGAACUGUGAGCACGUGUGCUCCUGCAGAAACGGGGGCCUGUGUCACGCCGCCAACGGCAGCUGCUCCUGCGGCCUGGGCUGGACGGGGCUGCACUGCGAGCUGGCCUGCCCCGCUGGGCGCUACGGUGCCGCCUGCCGCCUGCGGUGCUCCUGCCGCAACCACGGCGCCUGUGAGCCCUCGUCGGGCGCCUGCCACUGCGGCCCCGGCUUCUACGGCCAGACCUGCGAGCACCCCUGUCCCCCUGGCUUCCACGGGGCUGGCUGCCGGGGGACGUGCGAGUGUCAGCACGGCGCCCCCUGCGACCCCGUCAGUGGCAGGUGUCUCUGCCCUGCCGGUUUCCGCGGCCAGUUCUGCGAGAAGGGGUGUGAGCCGGGGUCGUUUGGAGAAGGCUGCAGCCAGCAGUGUGACUGCGAGGACGGGGUGCCCUGUGACCCCGUCACCGGCCACUGCCUAUGCCCCCCGGGGCUCACGGGGGCCACCUGUGACCUGGGCUGCAGCAGGGGCUUCUUCGGGCCAGGCUGUGCCUUGCGCUGCUCCUGCGGGGGUGGGGCUGACUGCGACGCUGUCAGUGGGCAGUGCCACUGCGUGGACGGCUACAUGGGGCCUAUGUGCCAGCAGGGUGGGCCCUCCCAGUUCCCCGAGACCGCAUCCCCAGCCCUUGGCCCAGUGGCUUCACCAUCAGCCUCUCACCGCCCCGGCCUCAGCAGCAGCGCAGAGAAGCACUAGCUCAGGGGCAGCCCCCGCCGAGGCCCGUCUCCCAGGGGCCGCUGAGAGGACCCAGGGGCCUUGGUGACCACUGAGGAGGGACGCCGGGGGCCGGGACUCUGGCCCCGCCCUUGUCUCCGAGGCCUGGGGACAGUCGUGCAGCUGCAAGGAUCGUCUGGCCACGAGGACGGAGGCCCUGCCCGGCCGGGCUCUGCAGCACCGGGGCACCGGCGCGGGGACCACAGUGUGGAGGAAGCCCCCCGACCGGCGCCCUGGGGUGGGACUGCGGGCAGGUGUGGGUGCAGGUGCGGGCGUGAGGCCCCCUGACCUCGGAGCAGGUUCUUCUGGUGCUAGGCCCUGGGACUGCUGCAGCUCAGCCUGUUUACCUGGAAACAGCGGGGCCGUAUUUAUGGAAAGGUAUUUAUGGGCAACCAGACAUGCCCACUGCACCCCUGGGCUCUGGAGGGCUGCCCGCCUCCUGCCCAGCCUGGGAAGCCCUGACUCGGGACUGCGGGGCCCUGAGGGGCCUCUGGGUGGGCGCUUCGGUACCAUGUGAAACCCAGGAAGUUAAGAAAGGAGCAGCCAC